CUAGAGACCCGUGGAUUCGAUAUUUAUCACUUGAGCCACUAUACUGCAGUCCCUUCCAUUGGUUACACUUGGCCAUUGUUAGGUGUUGUGUCAUAGCGAGUCAAGUUUUUGGCGGCGUUGCCGGGGACUUUCUAGAGUAUUAGGAAAGACAGAAGUUUGUUACUUUAGCGUUUUUCGUUUAUUUUCUUUUCCACCCUUGCUUUUCACUUGGGUGUUUUUGUUUUUGUUGGUGCAGAUCUGAAUCAUGGAUCCUAAUGGCUUCUCCAAUCAUUGGGGGUAUCCACCACCAUCUGGGUGGUAUUACCCCGAGACUCCCUGGAGCAAUCAAGGCGGAGAAGACUAUGGAUUCGGGUUCCAGUACCAACCCCCUUACUACGGAGAACAACCGGACCCCUGGGCAUAUCAAGAACAACCUCAUUACCAAGAAGAAUUUCUCCCACAACCAGAAGGGUCAUUGGAGCUGGAGUUACCCAUGGCGGCCUUCAUGGGCCAUUCUGCAGAGCCAUGCUACACUCCACAGCCAGAUCCACACUAUGAUUUGAGGCUUCUCAUGGAGAGAUCAUGCUCCAGUAUGGAUCAUUGUGUCCAGGCCUAUCGUGAAACAGAGGGUAUCCUCCCGAGCCUUAAGAAGAGCGUCGAUGAUCUUGAGCGAUCUUGGGCACAACCUGCUCCAGAUCACCCUUCUGCUGCCAUACUAGAAGAGGAGGAGGAAGAAGAAGGCUACAAGGACAUUAUGGAACACACAGAAGUUGUCACGGAGAGCUCCCGUGAUGGUCAUGAUCAAGAGUGUCAUGUCGUAGCCGACCACACCUUCCCACACCCCAAACUGAGCUUUGAAAAGGCGGGCAUGAGUGCGGAGAUGCAAGAAGAUCUCAUGAAAGAAAUUGCUUGGCAACUUGCUCUCCAAUCCGUGCUAGAAGAAGAAGAGCAACAAAGGGUGCAAAAAGAAGUUGUGGAGGAUGACGAAAGUGAAGCAGGAGGAGUUCUUGAUCAUUUCCCAGGGGUGAUACCACAUGAAGUAGAAAGGGGGGUUGAAGAAGCAAUUGGCGUCCAGGCUGAGGACGGAGUUAAGGUGGAAGAGGCCUGCACUGGCCAUGAGUUACAUGUGAUAUCUCCACCAAACUUCGAGGAACUGCUUAGCAAGGACCCAUUUGCAGUGUCUCUUUGCCAGAGCAAGGCCACCUCGACAUCGGUCCCUCUUGGUGGACGCGAUGGUGGCCAAUCGAUGUUGUCAUAUCUGGUUUGGGGCAAUGAGACGAGAGAAGAGAAGAAGAGGUCUCGAGGGUGGAGACUUCAUCUGCAUCAAGUACAUGAGCCUUCAUCACCUGCCACACCACAUGCUCAUGACUUGAGACUCCACCUCAUCGACGAGAACCUCAACUUCAAGGAGGUUCUGGCAUGGACCGAAACUUAGGAGCCCUCGUCCGGCUCACGACGUGAAAGAAGCGCUUGUUGGGAGGCAACCCAACCAGUCGGUUUGCAUUUCUUUCUCUAUUUCUCUUCGGUUGAGUCAGUUUUGUUCUUUGAUUUCAGAGUCAAUAAUUCAACCUUUGUGAGAUUUUGUGUGGUGUUUGUGUUUCGACUACUUUGUCCUCCUGGAAUGCACCGCCUUCCCCAUUCACAAUCAUUCACCGUUGAUAUGGUAACUUCGUUCUACCCUCCUUAUCUUUCCUCCAUUGAGGACAAUGUCGUGCUUAAGUGUGGGGGGAUGUUCGAUUAUGUAUGUGUGUGAAUGUUUGACUGUUUGUGUGCUUGGAGCCUAGUCCACUGUCCAAAUUUCGAUUUGAGGGCUCCAAGUACGUGUUCCUUGCAAUUGCCUGCUCAGUAUGCUUUGAAUUGACAGUCUUUAUAGUAAUAUGCAACCUAGGGAGGUAGUGUAGCACUAUGGAGGAUGUUGAUGCAUUUAAGAUGUCUCAUUUCUUCUUCAUAUUGUGUUGGUUGAUUGAGUGAAUUAGUGAUCUUAGGACCCCUGAAUUGUGUGGUGUUGUGGACUCUCUACCUGUCACGGACUCUUGUUUCAUGUUUUGAGUUUAACAGGUGCUCGAAAAUGUGCUUUAAAAUAACGUCUCCCGUGCGAAUAGGGCGAAAGUGUGUAAGGGGAGACGGGAAUUCGUUCCCAAUUUUCACCUACUACCUCCAGCCCCCUUACAUGUCUUUCCCCCGCACGAGGCUCGAGACACCCGCUCCUGGCAUGGCCGGUAAGAGCCGGGCUCCCGCAAAACCUCUGCUAGGUGGGAGCCCCCAUUUUCUGAAAAGCAGGUUGGGACCCUUGAAAAAAAAAAGGAAAAAUAACAGAAAACAAGCAAAACAGAAAGAAAAGGGGUUCCAACCGUCUUCAAAAAGAAAAUAAGAGCACCUUGAAAAAUGUGAGUCCAUGAUUUUUUUUUUAGAGUCUCUUUGUCCACGAUUCAUUUUUCCUAUGUUCACUAUUUGCCAUGAUGCCGACUCGAGACUAGCGUUCUCGCCGAAGAAGCUAUGAGAUGACUUGUGCGUCGGUUGACAUCGUCAGCUGCUAAAUGAUCUAGAAAAUUCUCUAUCAACGAUUGAGGGUGCAUGUUGCUGUAGAGGUCUGGAGAGCUGCAUUGGUUUGAGUUAGGUUUGCUUGGGGACAAGCAAACGGUUAAGUGUGGGGGGAUUUGAUGACUCGAUAUUUGCACAUGUUUUCCCCUUUGUUUCUUGAUUGUUUGAGCUUUAAUUAUUGCGUCUUUGGCCUAUUUUACGCUAGGUUGUGUUCCUUUGUCACAUUUCAGGUCCUAGCACAUAAAGUGAAGCAUAGGCGCAAGUUUCAAGUCAAUCAGAGAUCAAUUGGCGAUUAGGGAGAAGAAACUCGGGCAUGACCUGAAGAAGAAUGAAUUUCUACCUCAAUUUAUGGACAAAGAAUCAUGCAAGCUUGUCAUGAAAAGAAAGAGGACAAGACUACGAGCGUCUGGGAUCAAACGGCGACUGAUUCGGAGUCCGGACGAGGGAGAAACGAAGCAUUGAAUAUAGGGGAACAGGUUCG